AUGAUGGAAAAGCAAUCUGUGGCAGCAAAGGCCCCUAUGCAUGAACACCAUGGAAAUUCUUCGCUGCAAAAUGACGGAGACAAGGACGAGGCGAAUCGCAAAAAGACAGGCACUACCAGGAAGCGGACCAAGACCGGCUGUCUCACUUGUCGUAGGAGACGCAUUAAAUGCGACGAAGGCAGGCCAAUUUGCAACAACUGCAUCAAGUCGAGACGCGAGUGCGAGGGAUAUAGCCAAAGAGUCAUAUUCAAGGAACCUCUUGGCUCGUUUUCGUCCCCUUUCAGUCAAGGAAUCUACUCCUCUGGCUCAUUGGGCAUCGCAGGUGAUCCGCUGUCCACGCACCCCGGCAGGCAGCCAUCAAGAGGGUUGUUUCCAGCUAUAGCGCCGAGACCUCCCUCCUUUGACCAUCAUCAACAUGGAAUGCCUCUUCAGCCGGUUGUAGCACCAUAUCGGCAUCCAUUUCAUCAAGGAGCAUUGUUACAAAAUGCACCCGCAUACAAUAUGGGUCCUAAUCAAUAUAUGCAGGCUCCCUAUAACACACAGUUCCCUAACCCCCUGCUUGCAGCCGAAGCUAACGGGGGACCUGGCUACUUUGCCACCGCACCUCCCGAGGCCCUUUUUUAUCCGGCCCCAGACCGAACUACAACUCAGGAUGCAAUUACCAGUUUUGGCAGUCUGGAUGGUGACAAUGGACUGAGUAGCCAUCCAGGCGCCGCUGCUGUCCCCCAGCCCCUGAAUAAUCAAUGGGAACCCGAUAUGCUGGAUGAUGAAGCCUCCAUACCUGACUCUGAUGACGAUAUGCCGGAUGUUAGACGAAAUUUGCCACCUAUUAAGAACAUGGUAUCAGAGCACUGGACUUUGAAUGCUGCAGGCGCUAGCAUUUUUUCAGCUUUUGCCCAGAAUGAUGAUGUGUUGGCGUACAUGGAGACUCCCUAUUCUGCUGAAUACUGGGCUAGUGGCCUAAACAUGGUCUUUAUGCACUUUAUCAAUGUCACCGGACCUGGGAUUUCAAUCUUUGAAGGAAACAUAUCUUGUGCAUCGGAGAGAGGUAGAAGCAGAACAGCAGCAGGAUCUGGGCAAAGUCUGUGGAGCUACGCCAUUCCAACACUGGCACUCCAGCAUCUGGGUCUCUUCCAUGCUAUGCUUGCGUUGGCGAGCCUUCAGCUUGCCAAGCUACGAGACAGCCCCCCGACAGCAGCACUGAAGCAUUACCAUCGCGCUAUUCGCCGUGUAGCCAAUAGUGUAAAGUCGCCUUCUAAGAGAACUCAGCCGGCAACUCUUGCCGCAACUCUCUUGCUCGGGUAUUUUGAGGUUUGGUCGUCUGAUCAUACGAAGUGGUGCAAUCACCUAUUUGGUGCCAGGAUUUUGUUCCGCGAGAUGUCUUUAGGGGACAUGACUCGAUUAUGCUUCCCUGUGAAGCGUAUGAGGCAAGGCCAAGAAGCCAAGGGAUAUCAACUGGGGCACAUAAGCUCCCAGUUUUCUGGCUCUCACCAGCCGUCAGUAACACCGCACGGUGGACUGAAUAAUCCGGAUUACGACUUUCUACGCGCUAUCACAGGAUUAGCCGUAACACCUGAAGAUUACGGCGAAGGAGAACGACAGCCUUCUGACCAAAGGAACGCUCCACCAACCGAUAAAGAGAUUGAGAAAUAUGACAUUAUUUGCGAUCUCUUUUGGUGGUACUGCAAAAUGGAUGUAUAUCAAAGCAUAUUAGGGGGUACUAAGCUCUUCAUGGAGUAUGAAUUCUGGACACAGAUUCCUCCAAGAGCCCCCUUUUCGACAUAUUCUGCGGCGUAUGGAACAUAUGAUCAUUUGAUCUUGUUGCUCGGGCGGCUUUCAGACUUCGUUUCGAAGGAUUUAUCUCGAAAACAAAAGGCCAUAGAGGCUCAAGGUGGCGGAGCAGGAACUGGAUCUCCAACUAUGUUUCCGGGCAUGUUUCCAACCUUUGGUAAAGUACAAGCGCCGAUGGGCUUCAGUCCUCCAAGAGACGACACGCCGCAGAGCGAUUCCCAAGACGAUAUUGAUCCCGAAGCAAUCUACGAAGCCGCUCUGCAGGAAUGGAAUAGCCUUUACCGCUCCUUUGAGGUUUUCAAGAGCCGUCUUGGACCCGAGUUUCAGCCCACAAAUGGUGGAUUUGGAGACCAAAAAGGAACAAAAACGCCCUUUGGCAACGCAAUUUACUUCAAAACGUACUCUAUUGCCGGCAUCUGGAUGAACUAUUACAUGGGAUUCAUCCAUCUGUAUCGAAGCCACCCAUCGAUGCCUCCAGUGGCCAUGAGGGCAGCGGGGCUAAUGGCACAGAAGACGGCGGGCUUUGCUCUAAAGAUUGGACGAAUUGCCUUUGGGCUUGCCGCGGAUUGUUCAGAGUAUGCAGAGAUAAACACCUAUCUUGGUGCUGCUCUUAUCGAGAGCUCCUUUUGUGUCUUUGUCGCAGGGAUACAAUAUAAAGAAACUGCACAGAGAGAAUGGGUUAUUCAGAGAAUGCAUGACAUUGCUCGUCUCACAGGAUGGCAGUCGGCCAUGCAAAUCGCUUGUGGAUGUGAAUCUGCAUGGAUCAAGGCAAGCACAAUGGGUGGGCCAGAAUAUUCCCGACCAACCAUUAUCAAUGAUUUUCCAUCUUCCAUAUGGAAGAACCCUCGCCGAAUUGAUAAGAAAAUCGACGAACUAGAAUCAAGCGAUGAACGGCGGUUAGUACUGGCCAAGGCUGAAAGAACACAUUACGCAAUCGGGAUACUAGCAAUCGAAACAGAACUCGCGAGACUCGAACUACGGGACGACUUAAACUGA